AAAACAACAGUGAUUGAAAACGGAGAAAUUCGUUUCAACGGGAAAGGCAAGAAGAUUCGCAAACCUCGGACGAUUUAUUCUAGUUUGCAGCUUCAAGCUUUAAAUCACCGUUUUCAGCAAACACAAUACCUCGCCCUGCCAGAACGCGCUGAGCUAGCUGCUUCUCUCGGACUAACACAGACACAGGUAAAGAUAUGGUUCCAGAAUAAAAGGUCAAAGUUCAAGAAGCUGCUGAAGGCAGGUGGCAACCCACACGAGAGCGACCCUACUAUGCCUGGUUCCAUCGGCCUGUCUCCCCGCUCUCCAGCAAUUCCUCCAAUAUGGGACGUGUCAGCGUCCAGCAAAGGAGUUAACAUGGCGGCCAACGGCUACAUGCCCGGGUAUUCUCACUGGUACUCCUCCCCACAUCAAGAGACAAUGCAGAGAUAGACUGCGUAAAGGGCGGGAAGGCCCGAGGUCUGACUCAAGACGUUCGAACCUUCAUAGUUUUACCUGCACAAUUGAUUUCCGUCAGCCUCGAGACAAAAGGGGUGCCCCGUUCGAACAGAGAGAUUCAUUGGAGACAGGGUCGGCUGCUUUUGAAGGAUACUUGAGGACAAAGACUGUGAUAUGACACACCCUAAAGGAACGAAACGUAUUAAUUUACCAAUGACUGUUCAGUGGGAUUGCCUUUGUUGCUUUCAUUCAUGUCAACAUCUGACUGUCAAUAUACCAAAAAUAUCACCGACAUUCAGCCCGUCACUUGGGCACAGAAUGGACUACACUCACGCGUUUUUUUGCGGGUUGAACAUGAUGCCAUGAUAUAUUGUUGAAAUCUUAACUGCUCUUUGACUGUGUGUUUUUCUCAUGCAAAACAAAGCAAUCUGUCUGUCUGUAAAUAUAUUCUUCGAUUUUAGUUGUACAUUCACUUUUAUGUUUUGUCUUUCAUAAAUGGAUUAAUCCAUGACUUAAAACAAAGUAUCGUGUUUUGUACUGCAAGAUGAAGAUGGUUGAUAUAUGUAAAAAUGACUGAUGAAUCGCUCCUUGUCAAGAUGUCAUAUGGACGUUCUAAAAUGUAGGUCCCAUAUGGUUUUUCAUGAAAAACUUACAGGCUAUUCGUCAUAACAUUAUGUUUCCUCUUUAUAAAAUAGACAUUGUCAAUGCACUGCAAACGAACAAAAUUGUCAAUAUAUAUUAAACAACACCAGAGGAAAUUAACUUA